CUGCCGCAGAAUGUGAUAGCGAUAUGUCGAACUCGUUCCCUUUCUAGACAAAGAGAUCUACUUCGACUAAUACAUCUCAUACCUCAUUUCAAUCCCCGACAUCAAAGCCGUCAUGUAUGUGCGUGCAACGAUGUUGUGGAGAUAGUAAUGCUAGUCAAUUACCGUACCUGUACGAAAGCUACAUAAAAGAGGUGCAAGAUCCCACUCUGGUAGAACAUCAUCACUAUCAUUCAAUCAUUUCUCUAUUCACAUUCCAUUACAUUCAUUCCUCGCACGCUAAUAUCAACGUUCUUUGCCUAUGUUGAAUUAACAUCAAACGAUAAUAGUCUUGCAAGCAAGCACAACAACAAACAAGCCACCCAAUUCAUCAAAUAGUUCGUACUUUCUUGGGUCUCCCACAACAGAUCCAAUAUGAGGUUCCUCCAGGCCACCCUCCUGGCCCUCUUCGUAACCACCACCUUGGCAGCGCCAGUGGGUAGGAAGGAAACAACUCAAUCCGAUACCGACGCCUCUCCACCUGGUCGUGAUCCUGCUCUAGCUCCCGCGCCCGCUCCCGCUCCCGUCCCUGUUCCUGUCCCUGAUGCUGCUCCUGCUCCUGCUCCUGCUCCUUGCGCCUCUGCUCCAGCGGAUCCCGCUAUUGCAAGCGGGCUCGACGACGCAUCGCCUCCCCCUGUGGAAGAGGAGCCCACUGCCUCACAAGCUCCAACUCCCGCUGUUGCAGGCGGACUCGACGACGACAAGACAUUGCCUCCCCUCGAUCCAGAGACUUCCGUGGCCCCUGCCCCGGCGUCUGACCUCGCAGUUGAGCUUAAAGACCCGUUGUCUCCCGCAGCAGGCGUGCCCGCCACCUCAGGAACUGCAGCUCCUGUCGCCGAUCCCGCUGUUGCAGGCGGACCUGACGACUCAGCGCUUCCACCCAAGAAGAUCGAUCCGGCAGAAGAACCGGUAGAAGCCCAGCCCCUCGACCCAAAGACUUCUGCGGCCGCCCCUGCUCCUGCUCCAGCACCUGCCCUCGCAGGCGAACCCGGCGAGAUAUCGCCUCCCGCAGAGGGCGAGCCACUCGACCCAAAGACUUCUGCCGCCGCCCCUGCUCCUUGCCCCGCGUCUGCCCUCAAAAGCGGUCUCGGCGACACAGUACCUCCUGUGGAAGAGGAGCCCACUGCCUCGCGAACUCCAACUCCCGCCGUUGCAGGCGGACUCAACGACGAUAAGACAUUGCCUCCCGCAGAAGAGGAGCCCCUCGACCCAGAGGCUUCUUUGCCCCCUGCUCCCGCUCCGGCUCCUCCUCCUGCUCCCGCUGCUGCUCCCGCUGCUGCUCCCGCUGCUCCCGCUCCUCCCGCUGAUCCUCCCGCUGCUGCUCCCGCUGCUUCUUCUUCUUCUCCUGCUGAUGUUCCUCCUGUCGUUGCUGCUGCUGCUCCUCCACGUCCUCAGCAACGCCGUGCUGUCCGUGGUGGUGGCUCCAAGGGCGGUCCUCCUCCUCUUCCUCCCAGGCCAGGUGGUGAAGGUGGAGCGGAUCUGAGCCGCAAGCCGCGCGUCACGCCCCCGGGCAAAGGACCCGGACAAGGCCUCCCUCUUAACCCCAUCCCCGCCGAGGCUCCUCCUCUCCAAGCUCCCCGGCCCGUCCCCGCUGCCAAACCCCCGAUUCUUGCCGGUGACGAUCUCGCCGCUCGCGAUCCCCUGGGACGCAAGGGUGCCAUCAAAGGCAAGAAUCCUUCCGGCGCCAGCUCUGUUCGUCAGGGCGCCUCGGGUCUCUCGCGCAGCGGCGCUAUCAAGGGUGCUACCAGCCCCGGCGGUAGCAGCCCUGCUCCCGUCGAGGCCGCUCCAGCCUCGGGUCUCUCUCGCAGCGGCGCUAUCAAGGGUGCUACCAACCCCGACGGCAGCAGCCGUGCUCCCGCCAGGCAGCCUGCUCCUCCCCCCGCUGCCGAUCCGGCUCCCGGUACUAUCCAAGCUCCACGGCCGCCUCCUCCUAAGCCCAUCAAUCUCGAUGAUCCGCCGCCUCCUCCUGCUCCUAGGCUUGGUGCUGGUGGCUCAAAGUUUGUCGAGGGCGCCCGCAGGUAACUAAGAGCGAGAGAGAGAGAGAGAGAGAGAGAGAGAGAGAGGCUGAUGAGAUCUCCCAUGGACGGGAAAGAACAACAAGUUCCUCGGUGACGAGAUGAGGCGAUUUCUUUUCCCCCUUGGCUUUGACACGCUUAUCUGGGUCUUGGUCUUGGAUUUUGGUGUUUUGGUUUUGGUGUUUCGGGUUGUUUCGUCUUGCAUUUUCUCCUGGCAUGGCUCUGCAUCGUUCCCUUUUGUCAUCUAGUAUGUUUCGUUUUGUUUUCGUUCUUGUUUUCCGCCGCCAACAGUAAUAGGAAGAAGAAAGAGCAUACAGGACAGGAGUAGCUGUCACCGAAAGACGGUGCUGGUUGCGUCUGAAUAGUUAGUCGGUCAUGUUACGGCAUGGAUAAGUUUGGGAUACGACAAACACCGCCACAUCACAUACGGAUGUCUUGCGGAGUUUAGUGCAGUAUAGGAUAGGCAAGAAUGGAAAUAUUCGCAGUUUCGCGUGUGCCC